UCAAUUUCAUCGCUUCUCAGUUUUCCUUCUUACGCUCUUUCCUCAAACAAUUUUACUCUCUCAUUUCUUUCUGUUCAAAAUGGCUCGUACCAAGCAAACAGCACGCAAAUCCACCGGAGGCAAAGCUCCAAGGAAACAACUAGCAACAAAAGCCGCUAGGAAAUCUGCUCCGGCGACCGGAGGAGUGAAGAAGCCACACAGAUUCCGUCCAGGAACAGUUGCAUUGAGGGAAAUCAGAAAGUAUCAGAAGAGCACAGAGCUUCUGAUAAGGAAGCUUCCAUUCCAAAGAUUGGUUAGAGAAAUCGCACAGGAUUUCAAAACAGAUCUGAGAUUCCAAAGCAGUGCAGUUUCUGCUCUUCAAGAAGCCGCUGAAGCGUAUCUUGUUGGUUUGUUUGAAGAUACUAACCUUUGUGCAAUUCACGCUAAGAGAGUUACUAUUAUGCCUAAGGAUAUUCAACUUGCAAGAAGAAUUAGAGGCGAGAGGGCUUAGAUUUUAUUACAACGAGUCGAAUUUCACAGACGUUAAUAAUUAGGGUUAUGUUAAUUGUUUUUGUUUAGUUUAUGGUUUUUCGAUAUGGAUAUUAACCUAUUGUAACAAUGCCCUGAUUUUCUGUGUUUGUUCAGAAUAUGAAUCUACUUGUUAUUGUAAGAUGAAUCUUGUUAAUUGAUUGGAAAAAUUGAUUUAA